AUGGGCUUCGAAGGUUUCAAGACACCCAAUGGUCUCCAGAACCCCAAUGACUUUCUGAUGGAUAAGGGUGACGUUGAAAGGGAUAUGCCUUCCCAGGCUGACAUGGUGGUCUUGGUCUGUGCAACUGCUGACGGACACCAUGCCCUCCAUGGGCGUAACCACAUUAAGUCUCAUGAGAAGCAAAAGGUAAGCUUGCCAGGAAUCAAGAAGGCUUUGGGCAAGGCCAGGCCUCCUGACGUAGAAGAUAUCACAGGCAGCAGAGCUACAGAUAGUAAGAAUGACGAAGACAUUGACCUUUUUCGAUCCAACAAGGAGGAAAGUGAAGAAGAAAAGAAACUGAGAAAAGAAUGUCCUGUUCAGGAUGAGUCAAAGAAAUUUCACAAGCCUGCCACUGAGGCCAAGUUUUCCCUUUUACUGGAUGUAAACCCUCUGGAGGAUGAGUUCGAUAUGGCAAAACUGGAGGAAUAUGUCAGAAGCUUUCUGGCAGAUGGCUCUGUCUGGGGAUUGUCUAAAACAGAGGUGUCAAACACCGCCCCCCCCCAAUGUGGCCUGGAGGGAGAUUGGGAAAUUUAA